AUGGACAACGAUCCCCCAACCCCCAACUCCCCUCACAGCAUCAGCUGGCUCUCCGAGCGAACCCUCUCCAUUUCCACCACCUCAACUACCACAACCCUAGCAGACACUCCCAGUCCAAUGAGCAUGUCCUCUCCAAGCAUAAAAUCUAUAGAGUCCACUGGAGACCCCAUUCCAAUCGAAUACCGUGCAAUCUUCUUCCGCGAGAGUCCCAACUUCCACCCCCAUUUCCUGCCCCUCCUCCGCCAUCUCUCCUCCCACCUCUGGCCCCUCGUCAACUGCGAAACAGGCCUGCCACACCCAGAUUUCCCACCAAAUAUGUUGGCCUACAACCUUCUGACAUCGGAGCAGGUCGAUAAUCUCGCCCGUCAUUUCCAUCAGGUUUACCCGCCUGUCCCGGCUACGUUUAAUUACCCUGUUUGUAUUCCCCCGUGGAUUGGGACGCCGGAGGAGAAGACUAUUGAUCUUCCUACGAGGUUGAAGAGGUUGGGGAGGUUUUUUGGGUUGAGGGGAUGUGAAGAGCAGCAGCAGCAGGAGGAGGAUAUGGAUAUGGAUAGGCAUGAGGGGGAUGGGAGUGGGAAUGGGAAUGGGAAUGAUGAGAAGAUGAGUGAGAGUGAAGCUGAAGUACUACGACAGAUGGAAUUGGAGUGGCAGCAGGCGUUACAGAGGGCAUAUGCUGAGGAGUCGCAUCGGUGGAAUUUGAAGUGA